GUAACGCUACUCCCACUUAAAUAAUCAUCUGCUCUGGCGCAGAAGGAUGGUCAACACUUUUUUAUUCAAAGGCAACUCGUAGAUUAUCAAGGCUAACCACGCCGAUACUUGCACACGUAACUUGUAAAUAUAACUUAUAUCUGGAAGUAAACAGUGAGUUUUUGUUGAUUGAAAUAGUGAUAAUCAUGGAAGUAUUUUUAGCAAUCGUGGGACUAAUAACUAUAUAUUAUUUAUUUUUUCGUAAAAAUUUUUUUGAAAAACAUGGAAUCCCUCAUAAGAAACCUUUUCCAUUCUUCGGAAAUAUGGGAAAAAUAAUAUUUCGGAAAGCGACUGGCGUUGAUUUAAUUAAUGACACUUACAAUUGUAAUUCGGAAGCUAAAUUUGUUGGAUUUUUUAAUUUUACUUCUCCAGUGAUAAUGAUUCGUGAUUUGGAAUUAAUAAAGAGUAUUACAGUAAAGAAUUUCGACCACUUUGUGGACCACAAAAGUUUGUCAGAUCCCGAAAUGGAGCCGUUGUUGGGAAACAAUUUAUUGAGCCUGAGUGGGGACCGGUGGCGACAAAUUCGGACUCUACUUAGCCCAGCUUUUACGUCCAGCAAAAUGAAGGGAAUGUUUAAAUUGAUGUCCGAGUGUGCGAGUAAUUUUUCAGACUAUUUAGUAGGUCAAGCGCAAAACAACUCAAUUGAAUUUAACUCGAAAGAUAUUUUUACGCGUUAUACCAAUGAUACGAUCGCAACCUGUGCUUUUGGUGUAUCUGUUGACUCAAUGAACAAUCCUGACAAUGAUUUUUAUGUUUUUGGAAAGAAGGGAACUAGUUUUGUGGGUAUAAAAGCAUUGAAGUUUUUCAUUUCAUCAUCUUUUCCAAAACUAGCUAAGCUAUUUCGUGUCAAGGUAAUUGAAAGGGAAGUGGAGAAGUUUUUCUAUGACUUAGUACGCGAUACAAUCGCUACAAGAGACGCAAAAGGCAUCUACCGACCAGAUAUGAUCCAACUGAUGAUGGAAGCAAGGGGCAAUAACCCAGGUUCCAAAACACCUGAACUUAGCAUUGAAAGUAUGACAUCUCAAGCGUUUGUUUUCUUCUUCGGUGGCUUUGAUUCUACAUCAACUCUCAUGUGUUUUGCCGCUCACGAGAUCGCGUCUCAUCCAGAAAUCCAAGAGAAACUUCAAAAAGAAAUAGACCAAGUUCUAGAAAAAUGUGAUGGGGAUCCAACUUACGAAGCAAUCAACAGCAUGAUUUAUCUUGAUGCCGUUGUCAAUGAGGCUCUUCGAAAGUAUCCUAUUCAAGUAGCAAUAGAUAGAGUUUGUACCAAAAAUUUUGAGUUACCUCCAACCCUACCUGGAUCAAAACCAGUUUCGGUAAAAUCCGGAGACAAUAUUUGGGUACCAGUUUGGGCGAUCCAUCGAGAUCCACAAUAUUUUCCAGACCCGGAGAAAUUUAUUCCUGAACGAUUCAUCGGAGACGCCAAAGACGACCUGAAUACGUCAGCUUAUUUGCCUUUUGGAGUUGGACCCAGAAUGUGCAUUGGAAAUCGUUUCGCUCUUUUAGAAAUAAAAGUUCUCUUCUUCUAUCUUCUUGCUAAAUGUACUAUCAAGAUUUCUGAUAAAAUGAUUCUACCAAUACAAUUUAGUAAAUCGAAUAUUUUUUUGAUGGCCGAAGGUGGCUUCUGGUUAGAAAUACAAUCAAGAGAAAACAUGUUUGAAGUGUCUUGGUCAACAGUCUUAGCUAUUUUAGCUGGACUAUUUGUUGCUUAUUACUUUUUCUCCCGUGAAAACUAUUUUGCUAAAUAUGGAAUUCCUCAUUCAAAACCUCUUAUACUUUUUGGAAACAUGGCUCCGGUAGUAUUUAGAAGGAAAACGUUUGUUGACAAUGUAACAAAUGCUUAUAAGACACACAGUGAAGCUAAAUACGUGGGAUUUUUCGAAUUUACCACUCGUGUGACGAUGCUUCGUGAUUUGGAUUUGAUUAAGACUGUGACAGUUAAGUACUUUGAUCAUUUUAUGGAUCACCGCAGUUUCGCUGAUCCUAAAGUAGAUCCUUUGUUCAGCAACAACCUAUUUUCUCUGCGUGGUGACCAGUGGCGGGAAAUACGGACUCUGCUGACUCCUGCAUUUACGUCAAGCAAAAUGAAAGCCAUGUUCAAAUUAAUGUCCCAGUGUGCUGAUACUUUUGGUGACUGUUUGGUGAAACAAUCGGAAAAAAAACAACCGUUCAAUUCUAAAGACAUUUUUACUCGAUACACAAAUGAUACCAUCGCGACAUGUGCUUUUGGUGUGUCUGUUGACUCAAUGAAUAACCCUGACAAUGAUUUUUACGUUCUUGGUAGAAACGCAACUACUUUCGACGGCCUAAAGACUUUGAAAUUUUUUAUAGUUCGUUCAUUUCCAACAAUAGCCAGAUUAUUGAGUAUUAAACUAUUCGAUACCAAGACUGAAAAGUUUUUCUAUGAUUUGGUACGAGACACAAUAGCCACAAGAGACGCAAAAGGAAUCAAUAGGCCUGACAUGAUCCAACUGAUGAUGGAGACAAGAGGCAGUAAACCAGGUUCCAAAACACCUGAACUCAGCAUUGAAAGCAUGACAUCUCAAGCGUUUAUUUUCUUCUUCGGUGGUUUUGAUUCCACGGCAACUCUCAUGUGUUUCGCCGCUCAUGAGAUAGCGUCGCAUCCAGAAAUUCAAGAAAAACUUCAAAAAGAAGUAGAUCAAGUUCUGGAAAAAUGUGAUGGGGAUCCAACUUACGAAGCAAUCAACAGCAUGAUCUAUCUUGAUGCUGUCGUUAACGAGACUUUGCGAUUGUAUCCAAUAGCCGGAUUUAUGGACAGACUUUGUACCAAGAGUUUCGAGCUGCCUCCAACUCUACCUGGUUCAAAACCCCUGCUUGUAAAACCCGGUGAUAAUCUUUGGGUACCAGUUUGGUCAAUCCAUCGAGAUCCACAAUAUUUUCCAGACCCGGACAAUUUUACCCCCGAACGAUUCAUCGGAGAAGCCAAAGACAGCCUGAAUACAUCAGCUUAUUUUCCUUUUGGAGUCGGGCCCAGAAUGUGCAUUGGAAAUCGUUUCGCUCUUCUAGAAAUAAAAGUUCUCUUCUUUCAUCUUCUUGCAAAGUGUAAUAUAAAACCUGCUAAAAAAAUGAUUCUGCCAAUGAGAUUAAGCAAAAAGAGUUUCGCUUUAAUGGCUGAAGGGGGCUUCUGGUUGGACAUUACACCAAGACAAUAAUAACUUUGUUAUAUAUUAAAAGACUAUAAAACCAAUAAUCGAUAUGCUUCUAAUAAUUUUCUGUGCUGAUUGUAAGUAUAGUAGCUACUGCAUAGUCAGGAUUUUUGUAAUCGAUCGAUAGCAAAUAAAAAAAUACGCUUUCUAUUA